AUGAGCCUGAUUUCAGAUGCCAUGAGCCUGAUUUCAGAUGCCAUGAGCCUGAUUUCAGAUGACAUGAGGCUGAUUUCAGAUGCCAUGAGCCUGAUUUCAGAUGCCAUGAGCCUGAUUUCUGAUGCCAUGAGGCUGAUUUCUGAUGCCAUGAGCCUGAUUUCAGAUGCCAUGAGCCUGAUUUCAGAUGCCAUGAGACUGAUUUCAGAUGCCAUGAGCCAGAUUUCUGAUGCCAUGAGCCAGAUUUCUGAUGCCAUGAGCCUUAUUUCAGAUGCCAUGAGCCUUAUUUCAGAUGCCAUGAGCCUGAUUUCAGAUGACAUGAGGCUGAUUUCAGAUGCCAUGAGCCCGAUUUCAGAUGCCAUGAGCCUGAUUUCAGAUGCCAUGAGCCUGAUUUCAUAUGACAUGAGGCUGAUUUCUGAUGACGUGAAACUGACUUCAGAUGGGCCUGAUUUCAGGUGA